AACGAGCGCUACGUCGGCCGGCACGCUCCAACGUUGAACACGACAGAAGACUCUCGUUCUUCCUCGAGUAGUAGUCAGUCGAGCUCUGACAAUCGCUUCGAGCAGUCAGAGACUACUACUAUUAGUACUACUGUGCUUUAGACCGCCACGAGAAAUAGAAGUUUCAACCGAAAUACAGAGAGAUAGAUAGAUAGAGAUAAAGACAUAGUGGACAAGAAGACGAUCUUCCCUUUUUUCAACUUUGUUUGUUAAAAGGGAGAGACGAAGAGACGGAGAGCGAGAGAGAGAGAGAGAGAGAGAGAGAGAGAGGAGAGAGAGAGAGAGAGAGAGGAACAGUCCAAGUAGCAAACUCUAUUUCUAUCUUCAACAUUCGUGAUCACAGUGUUAGAAGAGACAUCAUCAUCUUUACGUUUUGAAUUCACUUGGAUUAAAAAACAGUGCAGUGUGCUUACUCCGAUUCUUCGAAUCGAGCCUAUUUUCCUUCAUUUUCAACACUCCAUUGAAAUUCUGUGAUAAGUCGAAAUGGUGACCGGAGUGGGUGCUACGAUGCCGACCGGCGGCGUCACCGUGGGCGCCACGCCGCCCACGCAACACGUACCUCAGGAAGCCGGACAACCACCCGCGCAAACUGCCACGACUACGACCACUACGAGAAGAUCCGGAGAAAAUCGACGGAGCAAUAAACCGAUUAUGGAGAAAAGACGCCGUGCCCGCAUCAAUAACUGUUUAAACGACCUGAAGACCCUUAUUCUCGAUGCCAUGAAAAAAGACCCAGCAAGACAUUCAAAACUAGAAAAGGCGGACAUCCUUGAGAUGACGGUGAAACAUCUGGAGACGUUACAACGUCAACAGGUAGCCUUAGCCGCAGCGACGGAUCCGAACGUUUUGAACAAAUUCCGUGCAGGCUUUACGGAGUGUGCCGGCGAAGUUGGCAGGUUUCCCGGAUUGGACGCAUCGGUAAAGAGACGUCUGAUGGCCCACUUGGCCUCAUGCCUAGGACCAGUGGAAACGAGUAACAAUCCUGGUCAAACGACGACGACAACGACGACGACGAGUACAACGACGACGGCUAAUCAACAGCCGGUUCAACCAGCACCACCGACCACUCAACUGCAAGUGCAUAUUCUACCGCAAGUAGAUACAACGCCGAGAAUUCAGGUGCAACAAUCAAAUGGGAUUUUCUUUACGAAUGCAAAUGGCACGGGUUUGCAAUUGGUUCCAACGAGGUUACCGAACGGUGAUAUCGCGUUGGUUUUACCUGCCGGUGCUAAGGCAACACCAGUGACAUCCCCAUCAUCCUCGCCAGCACCUAGUUCACCUUUACCUACUCUCAUACCGAUCCCACAAAGAACGGCCAGUACUGCAUCAGCUUCCUCGUCGUCCUCUUCCUCCGUCGGCUCAACCUCCACCUCAGCAGCAAGCCCAGUUGCUUUCGAAGCACCCCCAGCAGCUUUCCGUGAACAGCAACCACCUACCAACGUCUAUGUAACCGGCAAUAGUCACCGGGACGUUGCUACCUCUCCCGCUAAUGGUUAUACCAGCGAUCCCGAAUUCGAUCCUCGUGUUUAUAGUCCACCUUUGCAAAAACCACUUGCCCUCGUAAUGAGAAAAAGCGUCAUGCCCGAGCUCGAAGACAAACCAUGGAGGCCGUGGUAAAGUGCCGAUCAGUGAGACGAACUUUUGUGCUAUUUCGUUUGAUUUUUUUUUUCUCGAUGAACGGACAUGUUCCUUGCGCUUGCGACUGCGCUUGCGCACGCUUAUCUUUCUUUUCUUAUUCCCCGUACGUGAGUUCAUGUUGAUCAAUCGUACGUGGACAUUGAGUUGAAUGUCGAUGAAUUUUGCGCGAGUGCGUGUGAUAAACUGUCGAACAAACAAGGCGGUGCCUUAUCUAGUGCCUUACGAAUAAUACACGUACCACGUUCAUGUGUCCUAUCGAAUUCGUUGAUACGAAUCGAUAGGCGCGAAAAAAAAUGAUUAAUUUCCAUUUCGCGAUGAGUUUAGAGAA